CGGGGGGAUGAGCGGGGGAUACGGUGAAUGCGGGGUCCGGGGAGAGCGGAUACGGUGAAUGCGGGGUCCAGGGGAGAGAAGCGGAUAUGGAGUGAAUGAAUGCGGGGUCCGGGAGAGAGCGGGUAUAUAGCGAAAUGCCGGGUCCGGGGAGAGCAGGAUAUAGUGAAUGCGGGGUCCGGGGAAGCGGAUAAACAUAUGAAAUGCGGGGGUCCGGGAGAGAGCGGAUAUAUAGUGAAUGCGGGGUCCGGGAGAUAGGCGGGUAUAUAAGUUGAAUGCGGGGUCCGGGGAGAGCGGAUAUGUGCGAAUGCGGGGUCCGGGGAGAGCGGAUAUGGUGAAUGCUAGGGUAGUCCGGGGAGA